AGUCGUACGACAGAAGCACACAGUCAAUCUGAUGUAAUUAAGCGGCAUCGGCUACCAACUUGAAACUCCAUUCUUAUUCUGAAACGGACUACUUGAACCCACUGAAAAGCGACAGACUGUGCGGAUUCCAAAAUAUUGCUCCAUUUACAAGGGAGGUAACCGGUGCUCCGAGUCGCCUGCGUUUCCUCAGCCAUUUUGACUGCUCGGCUGGAGGCUGUUUUCCCCCCUCGCUUCUCCUCCGUGAGUAUACACGGUUUGCAAAUUUGUUGCAACUCCGUGCCAGACAAGUACAGCGAGAUGGGUGCGCUGUUCAGAAUCUAAUCGGACUGGAGUUCCUGCGAGAAACACAAACUAAAGGUACUGCUAAACGUUGUUUCUCUGACAGCGGAGAGAGGUCUGUCUCUCUUAAAGGAUGGAGUGCUACCUGUUGGGGAUAUACCUGCUUCUUGCACUUGUUAUUCUACCGCGAUCGAGCUGCACCACGGCUAAGGAGAUAACAUGCCAGGAGAUAUCCGUACCUCUGUGCAAAGGAAUCGGCUACAACUAUACCUACAUGCCGAACCAGUUCAAUCACGACACGCAGGACGAGGCUGGCCUGGAGGUGCAUCAGUUCUGGCCUCUCGUGGAAAUCCAGUGCUCUCCGGACCUGAAGUUCUUUCUCUGCAGCAUGUACACUCCAAUUUGUUUGGAGGACUACAAGAAGCCCCUGCCGCCCUGUCGAAGCGUGUGCGAGAGAGCCAGGGCUGGCUGCGCGCCCCUGAUGAGGCAGUACGGUUUCCCUUGGCCCGACAGGAUGAAAUGCGACUUGCUGCCAGUGCAAGGCAACCCAGACACACUUUGCAUGGACUACAAUAGAACGGAUUCGACAACAGUUUCCCCGGUCCUGUCGAAGCCGACAAAUUAUCCGGGUAAGCCGUUUAACCCUCACAAAAACAAAAAUGGACACGGUCGACCCGGUGUGCCCGGCAAUAAACACAAACCGGCGGUUUCUUCCUGCGAGCCGGGCUGCCUGUGCCGAGCACCCAUGGUACAGGUAAACAGUGACCGCCACCCACUGUACAACCGAGUGAAGACCGGACAGAUUCCGAACUGCGCAAUGCCUUGCCACAAUCCCUAUUUCACCCAGGACGAGAGAACCUUCACCGCUUUCUGGAUAGGACUGUGGUCGGUGUUGUGUUUUGUGUCCACGUUCGCCACUGUGGCCACUUUCUUGAUCGACAUGGAGCGAUUCAAGUACCCAGAGAGGCCCAUUAUUUUCCUUUCUGCGUGUUACAUGUUUGUUUCGAUUGGCUACAUCGUGCGAUUAAUUGCCGGACACGAGAAGGUGGCCUGCAACCGGGAGUAUGACGUUGAGCACAUACACUACGAGACCACCGGCCCCGCUCUCUGCACCGUCGUUUUUCUGCUGAUUUACUUUUUCGGCAUGGCCAGCUCUAUCUGGUGGGUGAUACUGUCCCUGACUUGGUUCCUGGCCGCCGGCAUGAAGUGGGGAAACGAGGCCAUCGCGAGUUACUCGCAGUAUUUUCACCUGGCUGCCUGGCUGAUCCCGAGCAUGAAGUCCAUUGCGGUUUUGGCACUGAGCUCCGUGGAUGGGGACCCAGUCGCUGGGAUCUGCUAUGUUGGCAAUCAGAACUUGGACAAUCUGAGAGGCUUCGUGCUGGCGCCACUGGUCAUCUAUUUGUUCAUUGGCACGAUGUUUCUCUUAGCGGGGUUUGUGUCGCUGUUUAGGAUACGGAGCGUUAUCAAGCAAGGAGGGACUAAAACGGACAAGCUGGAGAAGCUGAUGAUAAGGAUCGGGAUUUUUACGGUGCUCUACACUGUACCUGCAACAAUAAUAGUUGCAUGCUACUUUUACGAACAGCACAACAGGCAGACUUGGGAGAUUAUACACAACUGCUCGUGCCUGUUGGAGCAGGAACUCAAUAAACCGGACUAUGCUGUCUUCAUGUUGAAGUACUUUAUGUGCCUUCUCGUGGGCAUCACGUCAGGAGUGUGGAUUUGGUCGGGGAAAACGCUGGAGUCCUGGCGCACCUUUUGCACGAGGUGUUGCUGGGGCAGCAAAGGCACGAGCGGGUCAAUGUAUAGUGACGUUAGCACAGGACUGACAUGGAGAUCGGGUACCGCCAGCUCAGUCUCUUGCCCAAAACAGAUGCCAUUGUCACAGGUUUGAAAAAAAAGAGCUUGCGGACAGCUAAUUGCGCUAAGAUUGUCAGUCCCGCUAAUUAUCAUAUUAAUAAACAACUUGAUGACGUCUAUUAAACAGGAGUAUAGGAACCGUUUUAAACAAUGUACCCGGCAUUAGCACUGCUAAACCCAGUCCAUUUAUAUGCACAUGACUUGCAGUGCGGGGCAGGUUGGAAAGAAUGGGCAUUGCAUUCUUCUGGCCUCGAGCAAAGAAUCUUUCAGUCUUAAACCGAUGUUCUUAGCAGGAAACUUGGUUUCAUUUGUUAAGCUAAACCGUGUCAACAAUCACAUUAUCAAAGAUGGUUAAAAUAAGCCUUAAUGUCUUA